CCAAAAAAAAAUCAACCCCAAUUCCAAUAGAAGCGCAAGAAACAACUAGAUAACCAUGUCUCCUAAACAAGAACCCCUCUCCCCAAAAAGAGCCUACCUACUCUUCUACAAUGCCAUAUCCACAAUCCUCUGGCUCCGCAUCCUCCUCACCGUCCUCACAACCCCCGACCCCGCAUCGACAUACACAACUCUCGAGCCCUGGACCCGAUGGACGCAAACCCUAGCAGUCGCAGAGAUUCUCCACUCCGCUGCCGGAAUCACCCGAAGCCCCGUCUUCACAACCUUCACGCAAGUAUUCGGCCGCAGCGUACAAGUCUGGGCCAUUAACUAUGCCUUCCCAGCUGUCACCGCCCAUUCCUGGGCCUACCCGGCUAUGCUACUCGCCUGGUCUGCAGCAGAUACCGUCAGGUACUCUUACUUCGUAGUAAUGCUAGCCGGGAUAUCGGUACCUGCUGCGUUGAAAUGGCUAAGAUAUUCACUUUUCUUCGUCCUCUAUCCUGUCGGAAUCAGCAGCGAAUGGUGGUUAAUGUAUCAUGCUGCAAAUGCUACGUCUAGUCUCGUCGUGGCUGGCAUCUUCUAUUUCUUUCUUGUGCUUUAUGUGCCGGGAACCCCUAUGAUGUAUAAGUACAUGGUUAAGCAGCGGCGCAAGACCUUGGCUCGGUCGUAG